ACACACCACAACAAUUACACGUUCUCUCUCAUCAAAUCCUUUCAAACCUUCUCUCACACUAAACUUGUCAAAAAUCAAAAUUUACAUUCAAAAGUCCAAUUUGCAACUAAAACUUGUGAAAUUUUUCUUGUGAAAUUCAAAAUUCAACAUCAGGAAUGGGACCGAAAAAGACCAACACUUCCUCACGUGCCGCAAGCAAGAAACAGAAGACUGUUGCAAGUUCUUCGAGGUCGAGGGUACAAGAACCAUUUGACUCUCUCAGAUUCAAAGGUCCUUAUCAACAACAGAGAUAUAAGGACUUACUAGAGCGGACAUUUUGGUCAGAAAAAGUUUUUCAAAUUAAAAAGAAUGGGCAGUAUAGGGGAAUAGCUCAAAUAAUUUGCACAAGGAAAUGGGAAAUUUUGGUGAAUCCUCCUACACUUCUGAAUUAUGAUAUAAUCCGAGAGUUCUAUGCUAACUCCAUUCCAACUGACCCAGAUGAAGACUUUUCUUUCACCACUUUUGUCCGUGGAAGGACAAUCCGCUUUGAUAGAAAUGCAAUUAAUGCAUACUUAGGCAACCCACUCAAUCUCCCAGAUAACCAGUUGUGUGCCUUUCAUGAGAAGCAGACCAAGGGAGAUUGGAACCAUGAGGAGAUUGCACAGGGUAUAUUUCGAGAGGGGAAGACCUAUGAACGUAACCCAAAUGGGCAACCCAUCAAAGCCCAUAAGCAUGACAUGAAUACCCCUGCUCAAGUAAUCCUCCACCUCAUUCUCCAUAAUAUCCGUCCCAAAAGCCACACCUCAUCUACUACUCUUGAUGUUACCCCCCUUCUUUACUACAUCCUAGCCAAUGAACAAGUAGACAUUGCUAGGGUCAUUUCUCAAGAAAUGAAGAUAGUUGCUGAGAGCGGGAUCAAACCACCUGCUAAACAUAAUUGUCCCCUUACUUUUCCCGGCCUGAUCAUCGGACUUUGUCAUAAGGCCCGAAUAGUUAUACCUGCCCAAGUUCAUGAAACCAUCAAGCAUCCUAUUACGGACACAUAUAUUGGACGAUAUUGCACAGGUAGUCGAGCUAGAGCAAGGGCAGAAGCCCCUCAAACUCAAUCAACCCCUCAAGAAGCACAACCUGCACCUACACCCCAACAAUUUCUAUUUUCUGAGUGGGAUCCAAGAUACUUGGCUGCUUAUACCUACACUUGGGAUCAAAAUGAAGCUAAUCAUAGAGCCCUUAACACUAUUCAAGACUCUAUGUACAGGUUGCAGCUGCAGUUUGGAGUUCCACAGGCUCUUACGCACCAGUUGAUGACUCCAGAUGCUUUCCAGGCGCAUGUUGCUUGGCCUGGGGUCAGGCCAUUUUAUCCAGGGGGGACGAGUGCUGCUGUUGCUAAAUCAAGUGAUGAAGAAGAAGGUGAAGAAGGUGAAGAAGGCAACGAGGAUGAUGGAGAAGAAGGUGGAAGCAAUGAUGUCGGCGAUACAGGGAGUGAGGAAGCCAGUGAUGCCAUGGAGUCAGAUUGAUGUAGAGAGAGAUAGAGACUGAAAAGCUCACCUUUACUGAGUGAUGUCUUUUAUAGCUUUUAGUCUAUUUUAUUCUCUCAAUCUCCACUUUAUUAUCUUAUUUUGCACUUUUAUUUGGAACAAUGGUACUAUUUUGUUUAUGUGAUGUUGAACAGCUGUUUUGUUUAUGUACUUUUUACAUCCUAGUACUAUUUUGUUGUUAAACAAGUGUUUCAUUUGUGCACUUCUGUUGAAGAAGAAGUACUCAUGUUUUGAACAAGUGUCUCUGUAAUGACAAUGGUCAUAUGUUUUGAUGAUGGAUGUGUAUGCUUAAAGCUGUUUCAAAUGUUUGAAUGAUCCAAAGUUGAGUGAAUCAACAACAGAUGCAUGAUAGUGAUGGAAAAUUUAACGAAUUGCACAAAGCCAAGGUACAUGUUUCUUGCUUUUCUAGAAUAAUAACUUGAAUUUGAAAUGUGUACUUCACACAAAAGUUAUUUCAUGCAGUUCUCCGCAAUAACAUGUUUGUUAUGUGAACCACUUAGUUCUAGCCAAAAAGUGAGGAAACCUCAGUUUGUACUAUAUGCAAGGAGACCGGCACUCAUUGUUUUAACUCGGUCGCUUUAUGUUAAAUCCGAUAAUUGUUUUGAGUUGUGUGAAGGCAUGGAAAGGAUCAAGGCGCAUU